CCCUAAUCUAUACAUACUGUACACGUGCGCCAUAGGGCUGGGCAUGGGCUCCGGUAUCAUCAACUGUGUGGUGAACGUAUGGAUCAUAGAGAUGUGGCUCCAGAAGAGUGCACCCGUACUACAGGUACCGGGGCUGACCUUUGGGUUGGGGACUAUCGUGUCACCCCUACUACUGAAACCCUUUUUAAGGGAUAAAUACUCGGGUGAUUCAGACACCACCACCACUGGCACCGGUAUUACGGUGUCAACACCUGAUUCGGUAACCUAUGCCUACAAUGAAGACUAUGAGGAGCACAGGCGCUCACUAUUAAAGACACCUUUCCUUAUACUGGGAAUCAUACAAAUGAUUUAUCAGACACUAGACAAUCACUCCGGCAAGCACCGGGAGUCGGUCACCAACACUGACCCUGGUGACCAGUGGAAAUUAUUUGACAAAUACCCUAAAUAUCGAUGGCCGGCCAUACUAUUAGGCGGUGUAUUUGUUGGCAGUUUUAAUUUGGUCGAGGCUUCGUACUACACAUUUGCAUCCACGUACUUUCAAUACUGUCCCCUUAAGGUCAGUGCCACAAAGGCCAUGGAUGUAAUCACGGCGUUCACCACACCCUACACGGUGUUCAGAGGGCUCAGCAUUUUUGUGGCCAUUAAACUGUCCUCGAAAUACAUGCUUAUUAUCCACCAUCUAGCCUGUGUAAUAGGUAUCGUAUGCCUGGUGUUUGGUCGCAGUAAUAUGACCAUGCUAUACGUGGCCAAUGUGGUCAUGGGGAUCGGCAUAUCGGCUAUAAUACAGUCCAUAUUCGCAUUCGUUGGCCAACACAUCCGUAUGACUGAUAUGGUGGGAACGGUACUCAUAGUAUUCAUGUCGUCAUUCAAUAUACUGCCCCCAUAUCUCAUCGGACUGUAUAUUAAGUCUUUUUCCGAUAUGUUUAUACUAUUUGAGGCGCUUAUGCUCGGG